UGGUUUCCCUGCCUUCUUCCUCUUGCGUGAGUGUUUCCUUCCUGGUACUGAGCGGAAGGGAAGUAGCACCUAGUGUUCGUGGUCAGUGUUGACAACGGGGGCACCGAGGACCCAUCACCCUUGCCAGGGUCUCUGUGAAAGGAUAUGUCUCCUGCCAUGUCCACACCUCCUUCCAAUGUGACUGUCUCUGCAAUCCCCAAUGCAGCACUGGGACUAACCCUGCUGUCACUGGCAAUGGUCAUAGGGCUGCCAGGCAACGCGUUUGUGCUGUGGAGCUAUAUCGUCACCCGUCGCCGCAGCAUCCCCAUGGUGCUGGUGGCCCAUCUGGCCCUGGCUGACGUGGCCACACUGCUCACUGGCCCUGUUUACAUCCAAUUCCUCAGCAGUGGCCACUGGAACCUGGGCCCAGCCGCGUGCCGUGGUUGCAACUACAUCUGUGCAGCCGCCAUGUACACCAGCGUCUUCCUCAUAGCACUGCUCGGCCUGCAUCGCUGCCUGGUGGUGUCCCGACCAUCAGCUGCAGUGCUGGCAGGUGACCGUGCCACCCAGCUGGCCCACGGGGCUGCUGCCGUCACUUGGCUGGUGGCCUUGGUGCUGGCCACCCCUUCUAUUGCUUUCCGGCACGUGGAGAACGGGAUGUGCAAGCGGAAACACAGUUCCAGCGCUUGGCUGGUGACCCACAACCUGCUGGAGACAGGGCUGGGCUGGGCUGUGCCACUGGUCGCCGUGGCCGUUGGUUAUGGGCUGCUGCUGCGGCGGCUGCGGCGGACGCGAUUGGCACGGCGGGGCCGCACGCUGCGGUUGGUGGCUGCCGUGGUGGUCGCCUUUGCCGUCACCUGGGGACCCUACCAUGUCGGGAGCUUGUUGGAAGUGGUGGUGGAGCUGCGGAGCUGCAGUGAGACUCUAAGAAAGGUUGCCAAGGCCAUCCGGCCACCAGCCACUGCGCUGGCAUUCCUCAGCAGUGCCCUAAAUCCGCUGCUCUAUGCCUGUGCCGGACGGGGACUGUGUCGCACUGCUGGGGCUGCACUCCUGCCUCGGCUCCUAGAGGGCUCCACAGCCUCCAGCAGUGCCCGUAGGACUGUCACCCAUCGGGCCAGAAGCUCGCGGGGACAGCGGGAGAAUGGAGGCAAGGAGGUGGCCAGGGAGGAUGUGGGGAUGAGGGAUGGGAGGACAGUGGCAGAGGGAACAGUGACAGGUGAUGAGGGGACGGUACUGGAAAGCACUGAGAUGGGGGACAGUGGGAGGGUGUGAUGGAUGGAAAGGCUUUUGGAUGGAUGUUGUCAUUACAUUGUGGGGUGGCAUGGGGAGGGGUCCCUGGAGUCCUCUAGGGUUGCAUUGGGGAUUCCCAGGGGUAACUGUGGGAGCUUUAGGGGA